CCCGCCGCCGCUUCAAAACAAACCGUCACCAAAAUGGUGCAGAGGUGAAGGAGGGAGCGGGAGGAAGGGGAAGAAGCGCCGCCUCGGCCCGGGCGCCGCGGGGGCAGUUCGGCUGCUCCGUUUCUCCGCCUGCUCCUCCAUCCCGCUCUGCCGCUGAAGUCUAUAAUGCUGAAAUUAUAGCAUCACCGUCGUUUCCACGGCAACGCUCAGGGAUGUAUUAAAAAAAAAGAGGGGGGAAAAAAAAGGAGGAGGACCAAAACCCCUCCGAGGAUUAUGGCUUCACAGAGGGAUCAGGCGGGAGGGGAAUCUGGGUCACGGCUGGAGCAGGCUUUUCUUCCCGCGCAUCUUCGAGAUUUACAGACUUUCCCACCAGUAGGGACGAGCAGCCUGCCGGAGCCGGGCGGCCCGUUUGCUCCGUCUGCGAGCGGAUGCUGACGGCUCGACCCCGCUGGACUCGGCCGCGCCGCAGGGUACCAUGAACUGAGGAAGCGGCGCCCCACGCGGCUUUUUUUUUUUGCAUUUUGGGUUUUUUUUCCUAUUUUUAAUUUUAAAAAGAAAAAAAAAGGAGAAAAAGCGACCUUUAAUGAAAGCGUUUUAAAAAAACGGGAUUACUUCCCCCCCCUCCCCUGCACCACAGUCGCCCCCCCGCCGCCGCGCGGCGAGGAUUUCGGCGAAGAUGGGGAGGAAAAAGAUCCAGAUCCAGCGGAUCACGGACGAGCGCAACCGGCAGGUGACCUUCACCAAGCGGAAGUUCGGCCUGAUGAAGAAGGCGUACGAGCUGAGCGUGCUGUGCGACUGCGAGAUCGCCCUCAUCAUCUUCAACCACUCCAACAAGCUCUUCCAGUACGCCAGCACCGACAUGGACAAGGUGCUGCUCAAGUACACCGAGUACAACGAGCCCCACGAGAGCCGGACCAACGCGGACAUCAUCGAGACGUUAAGAAAGAAAGGUUUUAACGGCUGCGACAGCCCGGAGCCCGACGGCGAGGACUCGAUAGACCAGAGCCCCUUGAUGGAGGACAAAUACCGCAAAGGCAGCGAGGACUUGGACAUACUGUUCAAGCGAUACGGUUCCGCAGUGCCGGCGCCCAACUUCGCCAUGCCGGUGACGGUGCCCGUGAGCAGCCAGAGCUCGCUGCAGUUCAGCAACCCCGGCAGCUCCCUGGUGACCCAGUCGCUGGUGACCUCCUCGCUGACGGACCCCCGGCUCCUGUCGCCGCAGCAGCCCGCGCUGCAGAGGAACGCCGUCUCGCCGGGGCUGCCGCAGAGGCCGGCCAGCGCAGGGGCGAUGCUCGGCGGGGACCUGAACACCACGAACGGAGCCUGCCCGAGCCCCGUGGGGAACGGCUACGUGAGCGCCCGGGCUUCUCCGGGGCUGCUGCCCGUGUCCAACGGCAACAGCCUGGGCAAGAUCAUCCCGGCGAAGUCGCCGCCGCCGCCGCCAGCCUCCCAGCUGGCCCCCGGCAGCCGCAAGCCGGACUUGCGCGUCAUCACCUCGCAGAGCGGCAAGGGGCUCAUGCACCACCUGGCGGAGGAUCACCUGGCUCUGCAGAACACGCAGCGGUUAGGCGUCUCCCAGGCGACCCACUCGCUGACCACGCCGGUUGUUUCUGUGGCUACUCCCAGUUUGCUGAGCCAGGGGCUGCCGUUCUCUGCCAUGCCCACAGCGUACAACACAGAUUAUCAACUGACAAGUGCAGAGUUGUCCUCCCUGCCGGCGUUCAGCUCGCCCGGCGGGUUGUCCCUCGGCAACAUCUCUGCCUGGCAGCAGCAGCAGCAGCAGCAGCAACAACAGCAGCAGCAGCAGCAACAACAGCAGCAACAACAGCAGCAGCAACAGCAGCAACAGCAGCAGCAGCAGCAGCAGCAGCAUCUGGUUCCCGUAUCACUAGGCAACUUAAUACAAGGGAGCCACUUGUCCCACACCACCACCUUGACUGUCAACACCAACCCCAACAUCAGCAUCAAGUCGGAGCCCGUCUCGCCCAACCGGGACCGCAACACGGCCACGCCGCUCUCCGCCUUCCCCCCGCCGCCCCGGCACGAGCCCCCCGGCCGCUCGCCCGUCGACAGCCUCAGCAGCAACACCAGCUCCUACGAGGGCAGCGAGCGGGACGAUCCCGCCCGCGCCGACUUCGGCCCCUCGCUGGGGCUGCUGCGCCCCACGGCCGAGGCCGAGGGCGAGAGCCCCUCCGUCAAGCGCCUGCGCCUCGACGCCUGGGUAACGUAACCGGCCCCCCCCUCGGCCCGGGGGGCGGCCGCGGGGAGAGCCCGGGGCUGGGGGGGCGGGAGGCUGGGGAGGGGGGGGUCGUGGGGAACUGCCUGAGAAAUAGCUUUAGGGGGUUGCGGGCGGCGCGGGGGGAGCCGGGAUGCUCCGGGGCGCCCCGGAGACCCCCCCGUCCUCGCCGGAAAAGCAGCCCCGGAGAUGCUCGGCCCUGGCGGGGGGGUCCGCGGCGCUCGGUGCGACCCGGGGGGUCCCGAAGGAGCCGGGACGUUUGCCGGUGCCGGUACCGGGGUCCUCUCCUCCCGGCGUGCCGGCGGUUCCCGCACCCCCCGGCCCCGGCUCCAGCGGGAAGCGGCGGCAGAGACGCGGUUUUGCAAAGGGUUCGUCCCGGCGAGACCCCCCCGCGUCCCGGCGGCCCCGUGGGUGCCUGGCGCUGGGCGUCGGGUCCCGCGGUCCCUGCCCCGCGGCCGCUGCGGCCGGCCGGCUGCUCUAUUUGCACUGGUGAGCUGAAAAAUGGGGGAAAAAAUACGGCUAGAAUCCGUCCAUUUGCUACCAAACAAAAUUUAUAGAGAAACCUGAAAUCUCACGCCAUGCACAGCUCAUUCCCACUCCGCAAGUGAUAAAGCUUUAAAUUAGAAGGAUAGGAAUAAGUUGCGAAUCUGUGUUGAAGAGUGCAAUCGAAAUAACGACCUUGAAAUUUUGUGGGAAGGUUUCUAGGCCCUGGGCGACACGGGGAGCUGUUCGGGAGACUUUUAGGUGGUUCAGAGGAAGGAAAAAGGGCCCAAGGGAAAGGGAGACGCUCCCGUCCCUCGCCGGGUGCUCGGUCGGGUUCCUCGCGCCAGCGCGGCCGGGCCGGGCAUCGGCGACGGAGCGGAGCAGGGAUGGCUUUGCAUCCCCGUCGCGCCGGGAUACGGCCCCGGUUGCCCCCCAAAAUCCCCGCAAUGAGCUCGGCAGGGCUUCGGGCUGCCGGAUCCAGGAGCGCGGCGCAGGCGGGGUCUGCAAAUCGCCAUCUCCGCCCGCUCCAGCCUUCGCGGAUGCCGUGAUUUUAAUAUCCCGGACGGAGCUGCGCUAGCGGAUGCUGGGAAAGCUGCCGCCAGGUUUUGGGAGGAUGGGGGGGAAAAAAAUUGCAAUUCCCUAAGCAAUUCCCACUUAAUCCUUGACCCCGCUCGUUUAAGGGAACGCCUGUUAAUUGGAUCCCAAUGUUGUCCCGGAGGCCCGAGCUGGGACGCGCUCUGCGUGCGGGAGGGAAGCGCCCGGAUACCCCGGCCGGCCCUGGCGGCGUUCCUGCCGCCCCGGCCCGCUCGCCUCUCCGUCCGUCCGUCCGUCCGUGCGGGGGGGUUUGCUCAGGAAUCCCGCGGGAAGGGCCGUGGGCUGCUCCGGCUCGCGUGCCGGCUCCCUCGCCCGCCGCUGCCAAAUGACACAAAACCUGCCCGGACGCCCCUUUUCUCCGUGGGGGACGAAGCCCGGAUCCGCUCCCGCGGCUUUCCGCAGGGGCGCGUUGCUCCCGGCUCCCCCCUCCCCCCAUUGCCCCCCUCGCUGCUCCCCGAAAGCGCUGCAAAGAUGCAGCUUUGCGCUCGGCCCGUUGAAACGCUGCGUAAAAAUGUCCUCGGGCGAUGUCAAAUCAGCAGCAAAUCUGGGUUUUUCCAAACUCUCUCUAAGCCUUUUUUCCCCAAGCAGGAGGUUUCUGCAGCGCGCCCCCGCCGCCGUUUCUCAUUGGCAAAAUGAAGGAAAAAAGUGAUGGUUUUUUGCAAUGGGCAGGGAAAAGCUAGAGCGAGCAGUCGGCUGGAGGGAGGAGGUGGAAAACCCUCUGGAAACGGGGUAAAAAUAAGCAAACCGGGGCGGGCAAUGAGCGCCCCUGAGUCUCCGUGCAGGUUUUGUGUGGUUUUGCCAAAAAAAAAAAAAAAGAAAGAAAUUGCCCUCUCCCGCUCCCCUCGGCCCCGAGUCUCGCCCGGGCGACGCCGCGGUCCGCCAGGCAGCUGCUCCGAUCCAGUGGCUGCAGCACCGGCGCACGGAGCUGCCCCCGGCACGGGCGGACCGGGAGCGCGGGAAUCCGCCCCGGCAGUGGCCGCGUCCCGGCCACCCGCAUCCUUUGCACGGCCUCGCUUUGGGAAUCAGGCUGCGUCUCUCCUCGGGGUCACUUUGCUUUUUUCCGUCACCGUCCCGCGGGGGGGAAAGGAAAAACGGGGAAAACGGGCGCAGACGUUCCCUCCCCGCGGGGAGCGGCGGCGGGAGCCCUCGGCAGCGCGGUCCCCGCUCCGGAGGAGCCGCCGAAGAGGAGAGCGAGCCCGCCCGCCCCGAGCAUCCACGCAAACCCGAGGAAAGCAACAAAAAGGAAAGAAAACGCCAUUUUUGCUCAUUAACUCCAUGCCCCGGCCGGCCCGGCCGCCCUCUGCCGGGAAGCGCCGGAUGCGGAGCAGCGGCAGCGCGGGAUGCGGCGGGAUGCGGCGCGGGAACCGGCUCCCGACGGCGGCAGCGGCGAUGUGGGAGCCGGUUCGCUGGGGUCUGCGUUUAUUUUGGGGGGUGGGAUGGGGCUGGGGGUUAUUAUUAUUUUUCCGUCUGGGUCAUUAUUCCUUAUUUCCCCACGGACUGUAGGAUCCAGUAAAACUCCUCCUAAUUUUCAAAAGGCAACGAGAAGAACGACAAUCUUACGCAACCAACACCCUCCUUUUGUGCUUCUAUAAAUAUGUUUCCGAUCUUAUAAUUUUAUUUCUCGUGCUCAUCUGUACUGUUGACAGUUACAAUUGUGUAUAAUUUUUUUUUUAAUUUGGAAUUUUUGCGUUGUAUAGGGUUUAGUUUUAAAAUAUAUAUAUAUAUUUUCCAUUUUUUAAAAAGGGGUGUUGCAAAAAAAAACAUUGCACGAUUUAAAUGACAAUAGUUAAAAUGCUGCAGUUUUUAGAGAUGUGGAAGCAAAAUGGAGCUUAUUUAUUCUCAAAGGCUAUAAAGGUGUAAAAUGCAUGAAGAAAAAAAAACAUUUACAAAAAAAAAAAAAAGACAAAAAAAGUGUAACCUGAACAAAGUGUAGCGUUAAAACUUUUAAACGACGACAACAAAAAAAAAAAAAAAGAAAAAAAACAGCUAAUAUAUUGUGUUUGGGCUAGUUUGCUUUUGUUUUUAAUUGUUCCUUUUUUGGAGAAUGAAAUACAAUUGUGUAUAUUUUCAUAUAAGAAGUAUGCACUGAUAUGUUUCAAAAAUGAUAUAUUACUUUCUAAAAGUGUGGUUACUUACCAAAGUCUGCUUCUGAUCUUUCACCUUCCCGAAAUCCCGGCGGCCCCUGGGGCGGCCGCGAGCCCCGCUGCUGCCGGCGCUUGGGUUUUCCUUGGUUUUUUUGCUCGUUUUUUUGCAAAACGCUGCAGGCUCGAGGCUGGUGGGCGGCGUGGCCCGCGGGAAGCCGUGUUGCCUGCGGGAAGCGGGUCGGGCUGCGCGUCCGCGGCGGCAUUUCCCUGGAUAUUCCCUGGACGGGAUACAAGGUUCGUGGUCUUUUGGGGAGAAAAAGGGCAGAAAGGGUUUCGUAGGGGCCGAGGAGCCGGCUUGGUCCGCGGCGAGCCCGGGAGCAGCUUGGAGAGGAUCCGCUUUCCCCCGGCGAGGGCGCGGGAACGAGGAGCGGAGAUGCGCAGGAGGCCUCAAAAAGAGCCAAAUAGGGGUUUUUAGAAAGGGCGUUCGCAAAAAGCCGCAGCGUUUUUGCAAAAGUGGCGUUUUGCAAAUCUGGCGUUUUGCAAAUGUGGCUGGUGACGGGGCCAAACGCGCAGCUCCGCCGGCUCCCGCACUCGCGGCCCGAGGGCAGAUCGAAGCGUUAAAACCGGAGCUGGUUGGGAAAAAAAAAAACCAAAAAGAAAGAGCAUGAUGAUCUGAAGCAGGGGGUGAGAAGAAAGCGAACGUUAUUUUCCCCUUUUUGGCAUUCCUUCCCCCCGCCGUUAAAAUUCUCAGCUAAGCGGGGGAAAAAACGAUUUGCAAAAAGCCACAUUUUUGCUUGAAAAUUGCCCCCACAUUUUUUUUUUUUUUUUUUUUUUGCAUUGCUCAGCUUUGGCGAAAGAAUUCCUAAAAAAAAAAGAAAGAAAUGUCGGCGGGAAUUGGAAAUCUUUGCACCAGCUCUGGGGAAAAAAAAUGCUGGAUGCUUCCCCGUGGCGUAUCCUGCCCCUCUCCUCCCUCCGAUCCCUCCGGCUUUCGUCGUCUUUCCCAUCUUUACCCCGUUUUCUUUCUUCUUCCCCCUUUUCAUUUCACUUUUCUUUCCUUCGCUGCUGCUUUCUUUUUUUUUUUAACGCCAAAAAUCUCGACCCGUGAAACGAGUGUUAUGGUGUCGCUACCUCCAGCACCCUUCCGCCCGCAGCCAGGAGCCGUGCGGGGGGGCCUGUCCCCCCCUUUCCCAAACCCUUUUCCCUGGAGAUCCCGGCCCCGGCCGCUCCCGCUCCGAGCGUUUUACCUGGCUGCUGCAAUUGUAAAUAGCGAGUUUCCCUCUGUUAGCAACGGUCACAGUGCGGAAAAAACCUGGUUUUUCUUUUUUUUCUCGUAUUGCUAUGAAAUGAGAUUAUAUUUUUGUCAGAGUAGAUUGCAAUAAUAGCGACUUCGAGCAGGGCCGGAGCUGUCCGGCCGUUUCCUGGCUUUUCCCGCGGCUCUUCCCGCGUCUCCCCCUCCCUCCAGGUCCCGGCCGGGGCAGCGAGUUCGGCCUGAGCGACGGGGCCGUUUUCAGCAGGCCCCCAACAACCUCCGGGUGGCAAAAACCGCCGGUUUUUCCCCCAAGAGCGAUGCCUUUUUUAGCAUUUGUUUUCCUUCAUAAAACAGAUGGAUGUUGGGGCGCUCUGGGGCCCUUUGUAAAAUAGAGUCGACCUUUAAAUGAUGCACUAAGGAAAAAAAAAAGACAAUAAAUAUAAGAAAAAAAAAGGAAAAUAGAUAAAUAACCCUCCCCGACUUUUAUAUAUCACGGUUAGUCGAAUGUCCUCCGCGCCGCAGCCCGUCCGUGCUGUCACCGGCAGCUCUUCUCCCCCCCGGAUGCUGCACAGGUAGAAAUAAAGCAACGUGCACUCCCCCCCCCCCCCCCCAAGUAGUUUUAUUUAUUGUUUUGAGAAGCAAUUUAAAAAAAUUUUAAAAAAAGAUAAACUGUGUAUCUAUAAAUAUAUAUAUAUAUUUUUAACCUCUCUUUUCCCCCGAUGCUCCCCCACCCGUGUGCGUGCGUGCGUGUGUGUGCGUGAGCGGCGGGGUCCCGCGCUCGCGGGUCGGGGCAGCCCCUCGCCGGCGGGGGGGAGCCGGGGGGAGCAUCGAUGCCGAGCGCCUCUUCGCCUCCGGCCGCCUCGGGGUCCGGCCCAUCCGAGCCCCCCCCCCGCCCCGGGAAGGGCCUCGCGCCCCGGCCCCGGCCCCUCCUGCCCCCCGACAAUCAGCGGCUCCCUCCCGGGGCUGCAGCACGUCCGAUUCCUUUCUUCAAUAUCCCCCCCCUUUUUUUUUGUGCUGUAUGGUGAUGCGUUAUUGUAUAUUCCACAAUAAGGAAAGGGAAAAAAAAAAGAGAUAAAAAAAUAAUAAUUACCAUGAAAAAUUCUUAUGAGUUUUGUUUGGAAACUCUUUCACUAUAUUUGUUGUAAAGAGGUUUACUAUUAAAAAGGAAAAAAAGUACACGUUUCUGAUAA